UCAGAUUUUACUUGCUUUCCAAAACACCAGCAAAUAAUAUAAUUUAUUAUUUGGCAUAAUAAUGUCAUCAAUAUGCUUCUUGAUUUUAAUAAAACGUGGACAAAGUAAUCAAGUUCAAAGUAACUUUAUACACAUAGAGUAUUUUUCAAACACACCCUACACAUCCACAUCUGGCAAAGGUGUCAAUUUUUAUUUUUAAAAUCAAAUCAUUUAAAGUAGUUGUUUACUAAAAGUGACUCUAAGUCUCUCUCUCUCUUUAAAAAGAAAAGGGAAAACCCAACCCUCUCUAGGCAUGAGGGAAAAAUACAGUUGUAGGCGUACGCAUGUGCCCGUUGCCGCGGAGAAAUACGGUAACAGCAGGAGAUUACGGUACUAGCUGGGCUACUGCCUGUGUUACGUCAGCGAGGGCUGCAAAGUUCCUUGCCAUUCUUUUCUGGUGUCGGGCAGCUGCAUAUUAAAUGGGUGGUUGUAGAGUAAUCAGUCCUCUGUAUUUUUUUCUUUCCUAUUUUCACUCUUUAUUUUAAAAUAUCCAGGUAAAACGUCAACGAGCCAGAGCUUAAAGACAUCAGUGGUGGAGGGGUGAGUCAGCUGGUGCAAAAGGAGAGGAUUUGGUUCCAGAGAGAGACGGUCCCCUCUCGCCUUCUCCCUUCCUAGGACCGAAGUCGGGUCUGCUCUUCCUCCACAUGCUACCGGGUGGCUCCGCAUCUGCGCUUCAGGUGGACACGGUCAAGGGACGCUCCGCAGCAGCAUGGGUCUCGGCAAACAUUUCACGCCAGUGUCGCCUGGCCUGUUCGCCUAAAAGCUGAAGUUAGCGCGAGCCCUCGGUGGGGCAGCCAAAAAUGUGGGUUAGCUGCGGAGAAGCGCCCCGAUGCCAAGGGUCCCUGCCUUUGAACGCCGACGGCUGAUCUCUACUUUGCAGUGGUUUGGGAAGAAUCUGGAGCUGGAUUUUUAAAUUCUAAAAGAAUUCCAAAUUAUGCGCAAAAUACUGAAUCUUCUCCCCACCAGGACGAAUCAGACAGGGCAGAAAAGUGGACUCCCAUAAUUCUGGAAUCGCGUUUUGCAACGUGUCUCUUUGACCUUCUCAGCCAAGUCUUGGUUGAGCAGGGAGGCACUUGGGGUCCGGGGCCAGCGCAGCAGGUGGAGACGCUCCCUGGGCAGGCCCUCGCGCCCUUGGCCAUGUCUCCUUUCAUGCGCUGCCCCUCAGCGCGGCCUUCUGAGUGUUCCCAGGACUGGGCAGGGUUGUUCCCCACUCGUGUGCUCUCUCUCGCCCCCAGCCAAGCCCAGCUGGCAGAGAUCCCUCAGACCGAGAAUUUCUGAUUCCCUCGCUCCCGCCUCCGCCCCCGCCCGGGGGUGGCCCUGAAGAGCCGGACCUUGCCGGCAGGGACUGGGACCAUGGUGUUUCUCUCUGGAAAUGCUUCUGACAGCUCCAACUGCACGCACCCGCCGGCACCGGUGAACAUUUCCAAGGCCAUUCUUCUCGGGGUGAUCUUGGGGGGGCUCAUCCUUUUCGGGGUGCUCGGGAACAUCCUGGUGAUCCUCUCCGUGGCCUGUCACCGGCAUCUGCACUCGGUCACUCACUACUACAUCGUCAACCUGGCGGUGGCCGACCUGCUGCUCACCUCCACGGUGCUACCCUUCUCCGCUAUCUUCGAGGUCCUGGGCUACUGGGCCUUCGGCAGGGUGUUCUGCAACAUCUGGGCGGCAGUGGACGUGCUGUGCUGCACGGCGUCCAUCCUGGGCCUCUGCAUUAUCUCCAUCGACCGCUACAUAGGCGUGAGCUACCCCCUGCGCUACCCCGCCAUCGUCACCCCGAGGAGGGGCGUCAUGGCUCUGCUCUGCGUCUGGGCGCUGUCCCUGGUCAUCUCCAUCGGGCCUCUGUUUGGCUGGAGGCAGCCGGCCCCCGAGGACGAGACCGUCUGCCAGAUCAACGAGGAGCCGGGCUACGUGCUGUUCUCCGCGCUGGGCUCCUUCUACGUGCCGCUGGCCAUCAUCCUGGUCAUGUACUGCCGGGUCUACGUGGUGGCCAAGAGGGAGAGCCGGGGCCUCAAGUCCGGCCUUAAGACCGACAAGUCGGACUCAGAGCAAGUGACGCUCCGAAUACAUCGGAAAAACGCCCCGGCGGGCGGCGGCGGCGCGGCCAGCGCCAAGAACAAGACGCACUUCUCCGUGAGGCUGCUCAAGUUUUCCCGGGAGAAAAAAGCAGCCAAGACGCUGGGCAUCGUGGUCGGCUGCUUCGUCCUCUGCUGGCUGCCUUUUUUCCUAGCGAUGCCCAUUGGGUCUUUCUUCCCCGACUUCAAGCCCUCGGAAACAGUUUUUAAAAUCGUAUUUUGGCUCGGUUACCUAAACAGCUGCAUCAAUCCCAUCAUAUACCCCUGCUCCAGUCAAGAGUUCAAAAAGGCCUUUCAGAACGUCCUGAGGAUCCAGUGUCUUCGCAGGCAGCAGUCUUCAAAACACACCCAGGGCUACACCCUCCACGCGCCCAGCCAUGCCCAUGCCGUGGAGAGGCAGCACAAGGACACCGUGCGCCUCCCGGUGGGAUCGGGAGAGACUUUCUACAGGAUCUCCAAGACCGAUGGGGUCUGUGAAUGGAAACUUUUCUCUUCCGUGCCCCGUGGAUCUGCCAGGAUUACAGUACACAAAGACCAAUCAGCCUGCACCACAGCUCGGGACUUUUAACCAUGAAACCACCUGCACACAGCUCCGGUCGAGCCCGUUUGGACCACUGCUUGCACCCGCUUCGUGUCCGCAGACUGUGCUGAGAGCAGGGCUGAGCCAGGCUGCGGUGGGGUCUACGAUCUUCAGAAAGCAAUGGCAGCUGUGUCCCCCUGGCCCGCCAGAGUCCCUGCGACAGGAGUGAGUGGAGAUGACCAUUGUGUGGCCGGACCACCAAAAACAAGUUAGGAUUUCAGCAGAGGACCCCGGCGCCUUGCCGAUGCUCCCAUGGGGAGUUGCUCAUUCACACACCCCGGUCCCAAAUGCCACAGGGGUGGGGCUGAGGAGGGGCCCCCUGCUCUACACAGGAAAACAUCACUUCUGCUUUGCUACUGCAGCUCGGAUUACUGGUUCUCCCACCUAAAGGGAAGGUUAUAGGGUUUAGGGAGGGGGAAGUGCUCAGGAGAGGGAGGCAGCUGUGGUUACCAGCACCUUGCAGCAACCGAUAAGCAGAGAACGUCCCCAAAGCCGCUCACUCAUUUCAAAAGGCAGGGUAAUUGCCUUUCCUUCUCCUGUGGCUCAGGAGCUGUUACUUCAUUUCUUUUUUCCUCCGUAUCAUAUUCAGCGGAGCCAUGUGAUAAGCUGGAAGUGAUUAUUGCUAAAGUAUGAAAAAUAUAGACUUAAUUAAGUAGGGCAUCUAAGAGCACAUUUAUACCGUAUUUGAAGAAAAAAGGAAUGAAGGACUGGCCCAUUCAGAUACCUGAAUAUAUAGAGGGUGUAUGCAAAUGUGGUCGAGAAGAGGCUCAGACAGAAGCGCCAGGGCCAUUUCAAUAUUUCCACACUUGUCACCUGACUUGUCUGGCCCAUGUCACUCUUGGGCAGUAGAAAGAGAAAGAAGAGAUUGGGGCAGGGGGAGGUUUAAGAAGUUCUUUCAAUUUCCUCAUAUCCAGCCUCCACCUGCUUCAUCCAGGACACCUCGAUGUCCCCAAGGUCCACUGCAUUUCUCUACACUGUGACUUUUGCGUCUCACUUAUUCAUCUCUGAGCGAUAAUUCCCGCUCCAUCUGUACCUUCUCUUCGGCCGCAGCUCUGCCAGAGGCGGGGCAAUGCAGCACCAUUCUGGGGGCCAAGUGUCAUCGCAUCUUUCAUUGGCUGAGAGAGUAGCACACGUGAUCCUGUUCUUUCUCCCUAGAGAGGCAAGAGCAGCGUCAAGCGAACAGGCAGGGCAGGAGGCUCUGGGUUGGCUCCACAGGGUGACAUGUAAGGCCCAGCCAGUAAUGAUCAUCCCACCUUAACAUCCUCAGAACACAGAGGUCCAAAGGGAGCUUUGGGAAUACUCCUUUCCUGGUCAGCCUGUGGGUCACUGAUGGUCACCAGCAGCAAGUGACUUCUGCGCCCAGCACUGGACUUGGCACAAAAAGUACAGAGAGGCAUAGACGGUCAGUCUCCAGCUUCCAAGCUGAAUGGGUUGCAAGCUCCUCUGUUAAAAAGUCAAGAAGGCAUUUUUCCAAGAGCAAUUGUCAUACCUAGGGAAGGAGGGAUAGUCGCAGAUGAACCAAAAAAUAAGUGUCUGUAAUGUACAUGAGGAGUUUGUAAACCUUUUCUGUAAAUGGGUAGAGAGUAAAUAUUUUAGGCAUUGUGAACUAAACGGCCUCUGCCAUGUCUUUUUCUUCUUCUUCUUCUUUCUAUUUUUUUUUCUUUAUUGGGAGGAAGAAGGCAACCCUCUAAAAGAUGUAGAAAUCAUUCUUAGCUCAAAAAAGGAAAGAAAGGGGAAAAGAAAGGAGAGGAGACAGAGGCUGCAGGUCACAUUUUGCCCAUGGGCCCUACUUUGCCAUUCGUGACCUGUGCCACCUCUCUGUGACAGUGUAGUACAGAGGACAGGGCUAAGCAAUGGUUUCUGGUGUUCAACAUACAAGCAUCGUUUUUUAAAUAUGCCAUGGACACAUCUCCAUUUGGCUAAAUUAAUGUUCGCAGGCUGAAUGAGUUGUUAAAGUGGCAAGUUUAUAUUCAGGGUUAGGGCCUACUCCACGCACCAUUGUAAUUACCUAAGCAGGUAUCAGAGAAGCAGGGGGUGCCCACUGUCCCUCCACUGUUGUCCCCUGUAGAACAGGCAGCAGGAGCCCAGGAAAGGCCAUUGGGGUUUUCAGCAUUUUGCCUCCCCCAGAACAAUCUGGCUGCCUCUGAGGGUGGCAACGACAGAUGGAGGCCACUUGACCAAAGCCAACCUACAAUUCCUGCCAGACUUUUGGAGCCAGCUGAAGUGGAGGUCCUCGGAGGCCCCCAGGGGCUUUGGAGGCCACAUCUGACUCCUUAGGAAGUUGUGGGCCUUUGAGGGCCUGCUUGGGGCUCUCCAAGAAGAGUCAAGGGUACAAAAAGGGGUGCUAGAGGAGACAGGCACCUUCCAAAAAACAAAUGAAAGUUGAGUUUCCUCUCCUCUUCCUUUUCCUCCCCUCCUUCUUUUCCUCCUUCUUCGUGUCUUUUCCUUUACCUGUUUUUUCUUUAAGUCUGAAAUUGCCCGACUAGAAUAGAAAUGGUGUUACUAUGCAGAAAUGGAUUUAGCCAAAGCCUCUUUUGCCUAAGCUUGGUUCAUUCUCCCAGACUGAGAAGCUUCAACAGUCGAAAUUUACAAUUGAGAGGCUGGAAGUCCAAGAUGAAGGUGUUGGCUGGUUGCUUCUUCCAAGGUCUCUCUCCUUUCCUUAUGGACGUCUGUCUUCUCCUUGGGUCAUCACAUGACCUUCCUCUGUGCCUGUCUUUGUCCUGACCUCUUCCUAUAAGGACCCCCGUCAUAUAGAUUAGGGCCCACCCUCAUAGCCUUAUUUAACCUUAGUCAUCUCUUCAAAGGCCCCAUCUCCAAAUAAAGUCACAUUGUAAGGUACUGGGGAUUAGAGCUUCAGUAUAGGAAUUUGUGGGGGACCUUUAAGAACUCUUCUUUCGCUCUCUCCAGAAUUCUUUCCCCAGAUCAGAAGUUCGUGUUCAGCCCUUCCAGAUCAUCCCAGUCCUUCUCCACAUUCUUACAGCAAUCGUCCAUAAACUAUAUUCAGCAACUAAUUCUAUACUUGAUUGUGAUCUUUCUGUUGUUUUAAUAUCUACAUCUAUUUAAAGUACUUUAAAGCACACCUUGUAUACACCGUGCUUGUAUAAGUCCUGUCCUCUCUACUGGAUAGAAACUUCUGGAUGGCAGGAACAGCCUGUCAUUCAGUGGCCCCAUGGCAGUGCUGCAGCCCCCAAGGCUUGUGCCCCCUCCUGAGCAGGCAGAGAGAAGGGAGCAGAGUAGAAUGAGUGAUAAGAUCCAACCAUGAGUUGUAGACAGGGGUCAGAGAACAGGUCCACAGGGACUUGGGAACAUCAGAAGACUGACCCACGAAGACUCAGGUGGAUGACCCUGGGGUUUCUGAAAUGUUGCUGUAAGAUACUAGUUCAAGUUACAGAGUAUAGCAGAGGAGAACCCCAGGAUAGCAGCCAUCUCGAGUCAGGCAGGCACAUGUCACCCUAGAGACGUCUACACCCAAGAAAACAGAGCCGGUCAUGACCUGAGACAGACCCUAGACUCAAGGUUGGUGAGACAGAACAAGAUGGGAGCAAGCACCAAUGGCAGGGCCCAAUCCUGAGAACCGGGUUUUUGAGGACCCGUUGGGAGCCCUGUGGUUAUGCCAGGACUCACAGCCCAGCUAUCGGUGAGUUAAGGGUAUUUCAAUGCUGUCUGCUCUAGAUCAGAAGAUGGGUACCAAAGAGCCUCCAGGUAGCUCAGGCAGCUGUCCUCUAUCCUGUCUAAGAAAGGCAGAGAACAGGAGAGGAUGUGGCACUGACUUGGCAUGAGAGUGCAGCCAGGCACUCCCUGCUAACAGGCAUUUGAAUUCAGGCCUCCCGCAGCCCCGCUCCCACUGCCUGCCCGAGCCUCCAGUGCCACAGUGAGACAGACCUGCUGCCCUAUCUGCAUGGUCUUAGAUCUUGGCCUGCCCACCUUGGCCCCUUGCAAAAUUCCAUUCAUUUCUGCUUCAUCAACCCAUCCGAGCCCCUUAUAUAGACAAGUGUAGGGCCCUGGGGUGCUUCUCUGACAGCCUUAGACUGAUGUCUUCUCCCUGACUCCUGCCGAGACGCAGAGCAUUUAUCCUCAUUUGGAAGAAUCGGGCUGCAUAGCAUCCGCUGUUGUGUUUUCUGGGCAUGAGAUGACACUGCUUUGGUUCCCCGUUCCCCGUCCCUCUGCCCUCUCCCUGGGGACUCUCACAUUGGAACUUUUUCUGGUCCCACAAUAUCAAUCAUCGUGAAACAUCCUGUCAUCUAGAGCAAUGUGAUUCACAAGCUUCAGUUCAAUCUGGCAAUGACGGGGGGAGGGGAUCACCCCAAAAGGCAGGGCCUACAAAAGUAUUUGGUGUCUGUGUGCCAAAAGCCAUCCAAAAACGGACUUGAAUAAGUGUAGCAGUGGUGUACUAAUUUAUCUUUAAAAAUCAUUUUUCUUUUUCACUCUGGUCUCCAUUCCUUGAGCUAAAUCCAGUGUUAUCUUUCCUAACGAAAAGGGUUCAGCUCAUGGAAGUCUGUAGGGUUGGGAGGCUCGUGGCCCCCAUUAAUCAGAAGCUGAGAAUCAGGGCGAGGACUUCUUGUCCCCGCACAGCCACCCUAACUCAGUCCCUGUGUCAUAACAGUAUUAAUGGUCGUCAUAAAGAGCAGAGACAGAGGGGGCAGUGAUGGAUGGCCAGAAGAAGGAGCUGCCUGAAUUGGCAAACAAGGACACCCACGUACAAUCUGACACACAGGAAAGACAUUAAAACCCACACAUACCAAGUAUCGCUUAAGAGCAAAAUGAGCAAGCGUUAUAAAUAUUUGCAUAACAAUUUAUCACUGGUUUUACAACAGGCUUUUUUUGAAAAGAGUAAAACCUCUAGGAGAAAGUAAUUGAAUGAAAAGUAAGGUCCCUGUCCUGCUGCUGUCACCUCCUCACCCAGCGCAGGGCCUGACCUCCCAUCUCCCAUGACACACAGCCCAGAUACCUAAAUUUCAACAAGUGGACGUGGACGUUCUGCGGCAGAAAUUUUGCUGCAGCAUUUAAAGCCCAGAUCAAAACACAUGCUUUCUUCAUCGGAUGUAAAGGAAAACAGCUAUUUUUAAUCUCUGGAUAUAACAAGUCGCAAGCCGUCCACUUUCCAGAAUUAAUGCAGAAACUCAGCCCCCUAUGGCAGACCAAGAAAUGAUUUUGCUCCCCUCAUGGAUCCGUGAUGGGGCUUAUGCAGAGAUAAAGUUUAGAUAGCAAACAUUAUAUUUCCAGAGCAGUUAACUUUGCACACUUGGGGAGGGUAAAGUGUAAGAGUUUGGGGUCACAUUACAAAAGAACUGUUUUCACAGGGAACCCAUACAAUGUCUGGUGAAGAAAGAGAGUGAAGUCUGUAGAGAGUUUGGAGAAAAGAGAAAAACUGGGCCACACGGAGCUCACAGGCAUUCCCAAUGGAGACCUUCCCAACCCCACCCUGACCUUUUCCUGGCAUCCCCUGUGCUUGCUGAACCUGACCUUCACCAACCCCACCCUGGAGUCCACGGUAGAAGACGACCUAGAAGGAUCUUAAAAGUGGGGCUGUGGGAACAGCAGUGUGCUGGGAGUCCCAGGCCUGGGCUUCCUGGAAGUCCCCAUCUCUAUUUCUACCUUUUGACUGUGAACAAGUCAUUUCACCUGUCUUGACUCCUUUUCCUCACUUGGAAAUGGGGUGAGCAGAUGAAACAGUGUGCAUGAAAACGCCGCAUGAGCUGGUAAAACGUACCGCAUCACAGAAGGGCCCCAGCAAACGCCAGCGCUCUCAGCCCACCUUCAUUGCCCCUCCGGAUGCCAAAUAAGACAUCGCUGGGAAUGAGACCACCUGUACGCUAUCUUCCAGCCCCGAACACACUUCAUGCAGGAGAGAGAGAGGAAGAUCAGUCUCUUGCUCUCCUUUGCUCUUCCUCCUACUUCAAGUUUAUGUUUUCAGGAAUUGGCCCUCACCAGCUAAAGACACUGGUUUCUCUUCAGUUAGAAAGCAAGUCGUCACAGGUCGGGCGCAAUGGCUCGCACCUGUCAUCCUAGCACUCUGGGAGGCUGAGUCAGGAGGAUUGAUUGAGCUCAGGAGUUUGAGACCAACCUAAGCAAGAGUGAGA